AUGAAACUCCUCCUGAUAAACCAACACCAGCGUCGGCUCUCAGCUGUAUUGAGGAUACACAAAAUUGUUCUGCACGUAUCCUUUUGGCUACUGCUAGGGUCAAAGUCCUUGAUGGAGGAAAUGUCUGCACCAAUAGAUUUUCAUCUUGAGGGAAUCGGCUCUAUCAAUCAUGUGGUCAAACGUAAAACAAAUGUCAGACUUCUGAUAGGUGAGAAGGGGGGAGAAAGUGUGGUCAAUGUGGAGUGUUUGGUAGUAAAGCGAAUCACUGGAGAUCAUCCAAAUUUUAAAAUCAAUAAAGAGAUAGUAUCGAUUCCUAAUUCCAUUAAGUUGGCAGAUCCUGAUUGGAACAAAUGUCAGCCCAUUGAUAUUUUAAUUGGAGGUCAAUAUUUCUGGAACUUUGUCAAGGAUAACACUAAGACUCUUGGACCCAAUGCUCCUAUACUGAAAGAUAGUGUCUUCGGUUGGUUACUGGUAGGACCUCUAUCUCAAGAGCCCUCAACAAGUUCAGGUUUUCAUGCACAGUGCAACCUGUCCACUUUAGCUAGCCUUGAUGCUUCUCUUCGUAUGUUUUGGGAAAUAGAAGAAAUUCCUCAAGCCAAGAAUAGUGUCGAUGAACAUAACGAAGUUGAACAGCUAUAUCGAUCCUCUACUUCUCGGAAUGAAAAUGGCCGCUAUGUAGUCAGAUUGCCUUUGAACGACAGAAUCGGAGAGUUGGGAAAUAACAGGGCAUCAGCAACAUAUCAAUUCUUAAGCUUGGAAAGAAGAUUGGGAAAGAAGGAAGACCUCAAGAUUGCAUACUCUCAGGCCAUUAAGGAGUACCUCGACUUGAAAAUCAUCGAGGAGGUACCUUCAACUGAACUAGAUUCGCCAUCGUACUAUCUCCCUCAUCACGGAGUUGUUCGAGAACAAGCGAUCAGCACAAAGUUGCGAAUAGUAUUCAACGCGAGUGCUCGCUCUCAGUCAGGCGUUAGUCUCAAUCAGUGUCUCAUGGUAGGCCCAGUUGUUCAGCCAUCUUUGGUAGAAGUCCUUUGGCGAUUUCGCUUACACAAAUAUGCCUUGACAUGUGAUAUCGUCAAGAUGUACCUGCAGGUACAUCUGGUUCCUGAGCACAGGAAUUAUCAGCGAUUCAUAUGGAGGGAACAUCCUUCAGAUGAUAUUAAACAUUAUCGAUUCCGUACUGUGUGUUUUGGUAUCGCGUCUUCACCAUAUUUAGCGACCAGAACCCUCAAUCAAUUGGCGGAUGAUGAAGGUCAAUCUUUUCCUAUGGCUGCCAAGGCAGUUAAAGAGUCAUUUUAUGUCGACGAUUGUUUGGCAUCAGUUCCAGAACAGGCACAAGUUUUAGAGUUGAAACAUCAACUCAUUCAUCUCAUGGAACGCGGACAAUUCCAACUGGCUAAGUUCCAGACAAACUGCUCAGUUGAAGUCGACAACAACCAAGAAAGUCACUCAGACGUCAUCAUUUCUGACAAUGUGGUGAAAACCUUGGGAUUAAUGUGGAACAGCAAAGUUGACACCUUUCAGUUCAAACUGUCCAAUGAUCUCCCUAAGAAAAAUGUCACCAAAAGGCAGAUUCUUUCAGUCAUCGCUAGGAUCUAUGAUCCCCUUGGGAUGCUUGGUCCAAUAGUCACCAAUGCGAAACUCAUUCUUCAGGCAGCAUGGCAGUGCAAAACUGAUUGGGAUAUGAUAGUUCCCGGUGAACUGCAGCACAGAUGGGCAUCGUUUAUCAAUGACCUCCCAUCAAUUGAACUUUUACGAAUACCUAGAUGGGUAGUGAAUGUGGAGUCCCCAGCGCAGGUGGAACUACACGUUUUCUCAGAUGCAAGCUCACUUGCAUAUGGAGCCGCCAUUUUUUUGGUCUGUGAAGAUGUCAAUGGACACAGGUCAUCCGGACUUCUCACUGCCAAGUCAAAAAUAACCCCUUUAAAGUCAACGGAAGCUCAAGGAAAUGAACUCACCAUUCCUAAGGCAGAAUUGCUUGGGGCUCAAAUGGCGGCAGAGUUGAUGUUCAUGGUCUCAAAAGCAUUGGGCAUUGAACGGAAAUUUUAUUGGACAGAUGCAGCUGUUGUUCUGCACCAAAUUUAUUCUCCAUCAGAGAAGCGAGAAACAUUUGUUCGAAAUAAGGUUCGCAUUAUUCGAAAAUUGUCACAGGCUGAGGAGUGGGGCCAUGUUCCGACGAAACAAAACCCAGCAGAUGCUCUUUCUAGAGGUUCUACUGUUCAGGAGUUGAUGAUCAACAAUCUAUGGUGGUUAGGACCAGAUUGGUUGACAAAAGGAACAGAUUCUUGGCCAGUUGCCUUUUCCCCUCAUACCUUUUCCAUUACAAGAGACACUUCUUUAGCAUCAGUUAACGUGGUGUUAAAGGAAGAAAAGAGUGAUCAUCCUCAGAAUUCUGUAUAUGCGUUUCUCAUUUCCCGUAUCAGUCUCUUCAGAAAAAUGCAAAGAGUCUUAGCAUGGUGUUUGCGAGCGAUUACUAUCUUCAAAACUCGUAAGGGUAGAACAACUCGCAGCAUGGCUCAUGGAAAUACCCUUUCUGGCCCCCUCACAGCAGAGGAACUUCUUCGUGCAGAGACACUUAUUAUAAAAUGGGAACAACACGAUCAUUUACUCCCAAUCAUCACAGCAGUGAAAAAGGGUAAUUUGAACCAACAGCCAAAAUUUAAAUUUGUACGUCGCUUAAGGCCUUUCUUGGAUGAUGAUGGAUUACUGAGAGUUGGUGGGCGUUUGCACAAUUCUGCAGAACCAUACGAUACACAACACCCAAAAAUUCUUCCUAAAGGGAAAUUGGCAAACUUGCUAGCUCUACAAUUCCAUCUCAAUCUUCUUCAUGGUGGACCAACUAUUUUGUUGUCAUCCUUACGACAACGUUACUGGCCACUUGGAGGCCGCAGCUUAGCACGUCAAACUGUACACAAUUGUGUUCCCUGCUUUAAAGCAAAACCCCAAUUCCAGACACAAAUUAUGGCUGACUUACCAGAGCACAGAGUUAAUAAUCUGCGCCCUUUCUUUGCUACUGGAAUGGACUUUGCUGGGCCCCUAUUACUAAGGUCAGGAUCCAGGAAAGCUCCUCCAUCCAAGGCAUAUAUAAUUGUGAUGGUGUGUAUGUCCACAAAGGCUACACAUUUGGACUUGGUUAGCUCACUGGCUACAGACGCUUUUAUUGCAAGCCUACGUCGAUUCACCGCCAGACGUGGAAUACCGAGUUUUAUCUACAGUGAUAAUGGUACAACGUUUGUUGGAGCUGACAGCGAACUCAAGAAAAUGCUGCAAUCCAUGUCGUUCAAUGAGGAAAUUGGAAACUUUAUGGCUUCCUUGGAGAUCAAAUGGAGGUUCCAACCUCCCAGAGCACCCCAUCAUGGCGGUCUCUGGGAGGCUACUGUCAAGUCCUGCAAGUAUCAUUUAAAACGUGUUCUUGGGCUGACUCCACUAACAUUUGAAGAGAUGAGUAUCAUUUUAUGUCAAAUUGAAGCUGUUUUAAACAGCAGACCACUUUUUCAACUUCCCUCUGUCUCAGACGUCAAGGAUCCAUCUUGCUUGACACCGGGACAUUUUCUGGUUGGAUCGGCAUUGACACAGUUGCCGGACCCGAACCUUGGACAUCUAUUAAUAAACCGAUUGGAUAGAUGGCAAUUGUGUCAGAGACUGCAGCAGAAUUUCACCGAUCAGUGGAAACGGGACUACCUUCAUACAUUGCAGACCAGGGUUAAGUGGAGCAAAGAGUUUCCCAACAUUAAAGUGGGAGAUGUAGUUUUGCAUUUGGAUGAGCAAACACCCUCUACUUCAUGGCCACUUGGUUUGAUUUCAUCUGUAUUUCCAGGAAAGGAUGGAAAAAUUCGAGUUGUUGAUGUAACGACAGCUAAGGGCAAAUUUAGAAGACCCAUUACAAAGAUAGUCAAACUUCCAACCAAUGAUGAAUUAGAGAAGAAUUGGCCUCUUUCUGGGGAGGAUGUUCGCGCUCAAAAUUCAGACACAGCACUGUAA